AAUUUCGUCAGCUUUAAACUCGUUCUCAGCCUGAAUCGUACAGGCGCGCUGUUAGCUAACUAGUGAACAUUAAACGAGGGAAGGCGGGCAGCAGAUGACAUGUCAGGACUGGUUCGACCGGUUUUUUUAACGUAUGCUUUAGAACAGUGCCGUCGUGACGUCAGCUGACCAACGAGAGCAUCCCUGCUUGCUGCGGACACCCGGUAGACCGCUAACAGUUAGCUCUUUACACAAACGCCUCUGAAGACUGCGUUAUUUGGAAGCACUGUUAUUGUGGUCUCUCUCCGUGGGUCAGCCCGCAGACCCCCCAGCACAGCAGCGAGAUGCAUCCAUUAAGGCUGCACAGACGGGCCUAACUACGGUUUCUAAUCUGGACUCAUCAUGGACUCCUCCUCUGAGUCCCAGACAGAACCUGAGAAAACUCUGCACAAUGCAGAGUCCAGAGAGCAUCAUGCCGCCUUGGCUGCCGUAGCGAGUGGUGAUGAGCCCGGCCUUCUGACCCCAGGCAGGAUGAGCCAGCGGCAGGUCAAGGAGAAGGACAGGGAGAGGGAGAAGGAGGCAGGCCUCCAAACCCCCAGCAGGGAGCACAUGGCAUCCCCCUCUGCCCUGAGCCCUGGGGUCAGCUACAGCCACGGUUUCGAGAGAGGGAAGGAGGACCUCUUGCCUCUGCCUUUGAAGGAAGACUCAAAUUCCAUCUCCAAGAGCAAGUCUGAAACAAAGCUGUACAAUGGCUCAGACAAGGAUGUGCCGGGAUCUGGAGGAAAGCUCACCAAAAAGGAGUCCCUCAAGGUGCAAAAGAAGAACUACAGGGAAGAAAAAAAGAGAGCCACCAAAGAGCUUCUGAGCACCAUCACAGAUCCCUCUGUCAUCGUCAUGGCCGACUGGCUGAAGAUCCGGGGCACUCUGAAGUCUUGGACCAAGUUGUGGUGCGUGCUGAAACCCGGUGUCCUUCUCAUCUAUAAAACCCACAAAAACGGUCAGUGGGUGGGGACGGUGCUGCUGAACGCCUGCGAGCUGAUCGAGCGGCCCUCCAAGAAGGACGGCUUCUGCUUUAAGCUCUUCCACCCACUGGAGCAAUCCAUCUGGGCCGUGAAGGGUCCUAAAGGGGAAGCAGUGGGCUCAAUCACACAACCGUUACCCAGCAGCCACCUCAUCUUCAGAGCUGCCUCAGAGUCUGACGGGCGGUGCUGGAUGGAUGCCUUAGAGCUGGCCCUGAAGUGCUCCAGCCUACUGAAGAGGACCAUGAUCCGUGAGGGGAAGGAGGACAUGAGUGCGGUAUCCACCAGCGGAGAGCACUCCAUUAACUUCUACAGCCUCCUCAGAGCCCACAACCUCCAUGGUUUCCAGUUCAAUGACAGUGACCACCUGAAAGACCCAGACCUUUACUCCGACAAGUCAGACCGAGAGGGGGAGCCGGACCACGAGGAGUCUGACCCCGAGGGCUUGGAAGAGAGCGACAGUGACACUUCAGAGCGUCAGGAUGACUCUUACAUCGACUUGGAUGCAAAUGAGCAUCUGCUGGAAACCCUCUACCAGGAGCAGUCCCACGAGGAGCUGGGGGAGGCGGGCGAAGCUGCUCAGACAGAGACCGUAUCGGAGGAGAACAAAUCCCUGAUCUGGACCCUGCUGAAGCAGGUCCGGCCAGGCAUGGACCUGUCCAAGGUGGUUUUGCCCACUUUCAUCCUGGAGCCGCGGUCCUUCCUGGACAAGCUGUCCGACUACUACUACCACGCAGACUUCCUGUCGGAAGCCGCGGUUGAAGAGAAUGCCUACAACCGGUUGAAGAAGGUGGUGAAGUGGUACAUCUCCGGGUUUUAUAAGAAGCCAAAGGGACUGAAGAAGCCCUACAACCCCAUCAUCGGAGAGACUUUCCGCUGCCUGUGGCUCCAUCAAAACACCAACAGCAAGACCUUCUACAUUGCAGAGCAGGUGUCCCAUCAUCCACCUGUGUCAGCCUUCUAUGUCAGCAACAGAAAAGACGGCUUUUGCCUGAGCGGCAGUAUCCUCGCCAAGUCCAAGUUCUACGGGAACUCUCUGUCAGCCAUACUGGAUGGAGAAGCUCGCCUGACCUUUCUGAACCGGGGGGAGGACUACGUGAUGAACAUGCCCUACGCUCACUGCAAAGGCAUCCUUUACGGAACCAUGACUCUGGAGCUGGGGGGGCAGAUCACCAUAGCCUGUGAAAAAACUGGCUACAGCGCUCAGCUGGAGUUCAAGCUGAAGCGGCAGCCGUUUCUGGGAAGCAGUGACUGUGUCAAUCAGAUCUCCGGGAAGAUAAAGCUCGGAAAGGAAGUGCUGGCGACUCUGGAAGGACACUGGGACAGUGAGAUCUUCAUCAACGAUAAGAAGACCGGGACAAUGGACACUUUCUGGAACCCCACAUCAGAGCUGAGGCAGAGCAGACUGAUUCGAUGUACCGUCCCACUGGAGGAGCAGAGCGAGUUUGAGUCUGAAAGGCUGUGGCAGCAGGUGACCCGAGCCAUCAACAACAAGGACCAGACGGAGGCCACAAACGAGAAGUUCAUCCUGGAGGAAGCUCAGAGGAAGUCUGCCCGCGAGCGCAAAGCCAAAUGUGAGGAGUGGGUCCCCGCCCUGUUCGAGCAGGACCCUGUUACCGGAGAGUGGCAUUAUAAAUAUGCUGACACCAGGCCCUGGGAUCCUCUCAACGACCUGAUCCAGUUUGAGAAAGACGGCUGCAUCCAGACCAAGGUCCGGCACCGCACCCCCAUGGUACGUUCUGGCAGUGUAAUUAGUCUGAGUAACCAGGGGCCGCGCAGAGAAAAUUGCAAGUGCCAGGUGACGGUGCCUAAGAGAAAGCACAAAAGCGACCAGCCCAAGAGCCCGGAGAGCGGCUGCUCAUCACCCGAACCCGACCGCCAAGACUCAUCUGGCAGCGAGCGACACAAAAGCAAACACACCAUCCGCCUGAGGAAGAAGGCUGCAGACCUUGGGGAGCUCCAAAGUGCCAUUGAAUCUAUAAAGCAGACACAGGAGAGCAUAAACAGGAGCAUCACUGUGCUGCGCAGUCGGACCGCAGCAGGCCGCGGGGAAGCCAGCUCCUUCUUGCAGCAGCGGGAUUACGUGGUCAUAGCUUUCCUCAUCAUCCUUCAGGUCGUUAUCAACUACGUCUUCAAGUAGCAGCCAGAACGCUGGCAGAGAGGCGAAGCGGCUCACGGCAACGGACGAAAGACCGCCCUCUCUGUCUAUGUGAAACCCAUGAAAGUGAAGCGUGUUUUUAAAAAACUGCUAAUUUAUUCCUCACAAGUUCAUUCCACAUUGAGGAGUUGAGGAACCUCUCCUCUGAACUCUGCAGGGCGGCAGAUUUGAGACGGAAGCCUUCCCUUUCUUUUUUUUUUCUUUUUAGCGGGGCAAUGUCGCCCGUUAUCAUUUCACCUCAAACGAAAGGGAAUCUUUUAACUCCCAAAGAGGAGCACCACUCAGAUUGUAAGACGGAAGUGUGAGAAUCCUUUUCAUGUUUUUUUAAAUGUGAUUUAACUUCCCUGGUCCUCUGUGAACGGUCGCUCCGAGCAGCAGCAGCAUAAGGAGGAGGAGGAGGAGCAACGGCAGCAUACUGAGGAGAAAUCAAAGCAGUCCGGCUUUUGGAUCUUUGUGUUCUUAGAUUGUAGCUUUCAUCGUGAGAGGAGAACAGAGGGAGAGGCGGACACAGACUCUCACAGCUGUACAUUGUAGUCUCAACUGUAGCCUUUUUUACAGUUUGGUUCCAAGGCACAAGUGCACUGUCCUCCUUAAACGUGUUAAUCUGAUCCUCCCAGCGUAUCUUCCAAAUUCAGCAGCAGCUUCCCUGUGUUUCCAAUCAGCCAUACUGGAGGGACAGGAUUGAAAAUACUGGCAUUUCUGAGACCUUCAACAGCUGCUUUGGUUUUCAGCCUCAGAUCUAAACCCUCAGUUUGCCUCCAUUCUUUCAAUUUCUGCAGCUGUCUGGUAAAUUCACCAAAGUAACAACAUAAACCUGGAUGUUUGAAUGAUUUAUGAGCUUUCUGCAGCAGAACUCUCCAUCUUUCCAAGUUUUCUAUGAAAAUAAAUUCUUCACAUUUCAUUGAAGACACAACAUAUGAACAGGAAAUGUUUCACUCAGGUUGAAAGACUUUGAUUUUGUUGUAGUACGUGUUCUUUUAGCAGAUUUGGUUUUAAAAGUAAACAUUUUAAAUGUAUUUUCCAAAAUACAGUCAUUCUAACUCUGUAAAAUGUUUCCUGUUUGGCUAUUGUGUCUCCAAAAGAUCAAAACCAUCUGUUCAUUUGGUCAGACGUCGAACAGAUUUGUGGGUAAAAGUCCGCUUCUCCCAAUCAUAACAAUCAUUUUUGCUCUUUUUCUUUGGUUUGUCCAUGAAAGCUGCCAGAACUGAAACUCUCCUUCGUCCUGAUUCCCCAUAGAGACUUCUAGUAUAUUCAACAAGUCAGGGAGACAGUUCAGUGAUGGGGAGAGUAGAAAAACUGGCAGCAGUUCUUAUCUUGGCAUGUUUGAUUUUUUGAAAGCAGAAAAUGUUACAUGGGUGGAGACUUUCUGUCCUGGCUCAGGGUUAUAGCCCUCAAUCAGACGAGUGUCUUCAUCUUAACCAAAGUCUAAAGUGUCCAUCUUUGGGGGAUUGAAUUGUUGACACUGUGAAGAACUGUCCACUUUACCAAGUUACUGCAUCAGCUCACUGCCGCUGCAGACGGGAUCAGGAAGCCACCUGACUCUCCAGACCGCCACCUUUCCUGUUUCACUGCCUGACCGCGGCGCUCUAGAACAGGUCCAGUUCAGAGCGCCGCUCUUCUCCUCCAGCGCAUUUGAGCCUGUAUUUUUAGGCAGAAAACUAGUGUAAUUCAAUCAAUAAUCUACCUGUAAGAAGAUAUAGACUUGUAGGGAUUUUCUAUUCGCCGCUCAUUACAAAUGUUGGACAAGAAGCAGCUGAACUGUAGAGUAGAGAUGGUUUCACUGUGUAAAUAUCCAGAGCAGCCACCGGUCAAACUACGCCCUCUAGGUUUCCAUCUAUAGUUAGAUGAGCAAAAUAAUAGCAGGAAACUCUCGUCACGGAUAUUCCGGGUGAGCCAAAGCCUCAUCGUUGUUGGGUCGCAGCGUGGCUCCAGUUUGGUGCCUUCAUCUUUUAUCGGAGGGAUUAGCUCAGACAUUAAAGUUCGGAUCUCCUGAGGAUUCCUGGAUAUCAGAAAUCAGGAUAGUGUCUGAGGACAGAGCGAACCCCAGUAAUUGAAACAAUUGAAGGCAUCACGUUGGAGCCCUCAAAAGAACAUCCUCCUGUUUUUUGAAGUUCCAGAUCUUAACUCUCAAAAGGACUGUCUCUGGUUUGUGUUCAUUUCUGCCUGUCAUGAAGUCCGCCUUGUCCAUGUUUACUUAAGGGAUUGCCUCCACCGUCAGCAGAGUGUUAAGCCAUGAAGACAGAUAGUGUCGGGAGGAGGGCAGCUGUCCCUGAAGUUACCCGGCUGGCCCGAGUGCACCUGUUCUGGUGUUUCUGUCAGAUGUUCAUGAUUGAGUGCAGACAUUUGGGUGUGGAGAGCAACCAGUGCCUUCUAGAGUCUGAAUGGAUGGGGGAGUGGGUGGCGAGGGCCGAGCAGAGGUGGACGUGCCAUAUGUCGCCUUUGAGAGGUUGCCACCUCUUCCAGUCCCCCCCCACCUUCUCUCCUUAAGCGUUUGCAUAGUAAUGCACCCAUGGGUCCCCAAACUCUUCACGAAGAGAGAAGCAGCCUGCUCACCAACGUGUAAGAAAAGGAGCACCCUUCAUUGUGUCUGUGAAGAGGAGCGGCUUCCACUGUGCGUGAAGAGGAGCGUCUUUUCAUUGAAUCUGUGAAGAGGAACACCCUUUACGGUGUGUGUGAGGAGCAGUGUCUUUCAUUGUGAAGAUAAGCCUCCUGCACUGCUCCCAAGAAGAAGAGUUCCCUUCAUUGUUUUCUGUGAAGAGGAGCGUCCUUCACUGUCUAAAGUUACACCUUUUAUUUAUUUCUCUUUUUUUAUGUUUUUUUUAUGUUUUUAGGUCACUCUUUUGUCGUCCUGAUGUUUUUUCAGAUUUUAAUCUUUUUUGGUUUUACUUGACUUCAGUCUUUGUUACACAAACACAAAAGCCUGUUUCUUAUUAGAGAGCGUAUUUACUGUCUCCAUGGCAACUGUCACAUCCUGGAAGUUUAUGGUCAUGUAACAGAAUAAAAACAAAAUUACUUUGA